AGAGACAAGAGCUCCAAAUGAAGCCCCCAGUUACACAGUUGGCCAUAGACCCAACGCAUACAUUUGCAGUACAAUGGCAGGUCCACCAGAAGCCAGUGACCAUGCAGUAUUCUGAUAAGGAGCAGUUGCAUUACAUUGCCAAUGAACUGGACAGGAUAGGGGGCAGCAAAGAAGGGCUGGUGGUUGUUAUAAAUUGCUUGGCCCAUUUUGUCUCGUCACCAAUUCGAUUUUAUAUCAGGAGACUCCGUACCAUCCGGGAAUCUGUGUUGCGGCUAAUGAAACGGAAUCCACUAGCCAAGGUCUUCAUCAAGUCUGGUAACACGGGAUACUUGUACACCCACGGCAGUGAUUGGCUGUCCCUUCAGUUGGACACGGUAAUGAGGGCCAUGUUCUUCGGGCUGCCUGUUACUAUACUGGACGCUUGGCAGAUGACUUCCUGCCAUUAUGAGCCCCAUUACCUGCACCCCGGACCAAUCAUUAUAAAGAAUGAGGUUGAUUUAAUGUUGUCUUUCAUUUGUCCAAAAUGAGACUCAUUAGUGGCCAAUAACAUUUCUGUUCAGAGCCUCUGUAGCCAAUGUAAGUGGCCAAAGCCCAAACCCUUGUGUUGUCAGGAGAUUAUCCGGUUACUCAUUGGCUUCCGCGGUUAUUUGUAAUGAGCCAAACGCACAUUUUCGCCGAAUCACUUGGAUGGAAAGAGCAUUGACCUUAGUCGGGCAGUGAGGCUACUUAGCCAGUAAAUAGUACUUUGGCCCAAUGUAGCCACGGAACGGACUGGGGAUCCCGUAAGGAGAAUAAACCCAGAGCCAUAAAGUCCCGACGAUACCAGGAGAUACAGAGGGAGCAAAUUAACUACAAACAAGAGAAUAAAGCGCUCUGAUGCCCCAUAACUGCUUCCCGCAAUCUGAAAU